CAACCGCCUCUUACGCGAUUUCGCAAAACCACGAGGCAACUGUCCACUUUCCUUUGUGCACAAACCCAGGAAUUAUUUUCUCGAGAAAGUGAGGGAAAAGGGGAUCGAAAAGACAGAGAGAUGGGGCUGCUCUCCAACCGAGUCGAUAAAGAGAGCCUCAAGCCUGGCGAUCACAUCUACUCGUGGAGGACUGCUUACAUCUAUUCUCAUCACGGAAUAUAUGUUGGGAAUAAUGAAGUCAUUCACUUCACUAGACAUGGUCAAGAAGUAGGCACAGGAACAGUAUUGGAUCUCCUUCUGGUAAGCUCAGGACCUGCUCGUCGUCAUCAAGUGCCAUGCCCCACCUGCACUCCACCAGAAGGAGGACAUGGGGUUGUUUCCUCAUGCCUGAACUGUUUCCUUGCUGGUGGUAUCCUGUACCGUUUUGAGUAUUCAGUCAGCUCCGCUCUCUUUCUUGCAAAAGCACGUGGUGGAACUUGCACUCUCGCAGUCUCAGAUCCAAAUGAAAUUGUGGUCCAUCGAGCAACCUACCUGCUUAACAAUGGCUUUGGGUGCUAUAAUGUCUUCAAGAACAAUUGUGAAGACUUCGCCAUCUACUGCAAGACUGGCCUCCUUGUUAUUGAUCAAGGAACUAUAGGACGGAGUGGGCAAGCUGUAUCUAUAAUAGGGGGGCCACUCGCAGCUGUUCUAUCAACACCUUUGCGACUUGUGACCACCAAUAUAUAUGGGAUGGCCGCAACUGCAGUUGGGGUUUACUGUGCUAGCCGGUUUGCUGCUGAUAUUGGGAUGAGGAAGGAUGUAGCAAAGGUGGAAGUGGAGGACUUGACAAGGAGGCUGGCCACAGGUUUGAUCCAGGUGAUUGAACCUGGUACUAUAAUUUUGCCCUCUGGUCCACCACCGGAUCAUUAGGUGCUCUUCACAGGUUCUUGGGGGGCCGCCUAAUAUAUAUAUAUAAGUAAAUUUAGGGUUGUUUCUGAAUGUGCAAUAAUGUGGUUGAACUAUGGACCCCAACUUGUGUAUUGUUUUGAAAUCUUUGUUGGUGAGUGGUGCAUGUUUGCUGCCUGAUCUUUUACUGCGUUAUGGUUCAUGGAUGGAUUGGUUAACAUGUUAUCUAUAGUGCCCUGUGCUUUUAGCUCAUUUGCUUUAUUUCUUCUUGGAGAAAUAAAUUUGUGAUAUUUGGUGCAA